CUCUGUUUUUUCAUUCUCUGCAAUCGAUUAGAAAACUUAGCAUAUCCGUACUUUUAUCAUGGCUCCAAAGCCAAGGGAAGGCGCCGGCUCCAACUGCUCUCGCGGCUCGUGGCCGUCAACCUCCGCCGGCGUGGAUGGCUCGGCCUGCUACGGAGGAAGCAUGACGGCGCCGCACAAAAAUGCCGCCCGACCGCCGGCUACGAAGGCUUGCCUCGGCGACGACGUGCUGGUGGUGGAGAUGUUCGCCAAGGAGCUAACUCCGAGCGACGUCGGCAAGCUAAACAGGUUGGUGAUCCCCAAGAAGCACGCGAUGCAGCACUUUUCUCACGCGGCUCCACCGACACAAGAGGAAUUGUCGAUCGUGUUCGUCGACAGAGACGGGCGAUGGUGGACAUUUCGUUACUGCUACUGGAAGAGCAGCCAGAGCUUCGUGUUCACCAAGGGCUGGAAUCGAUUUGUCAAAGAGAAGCGACUGCGUGCUAAGGAUACAGUUACGUUCUACAGGUGCGUCGACGACAGGAACGGGACCUAUUGUUUGAUCGACACGAUUCGGCACGCAGAGAACGAUAGAAACGAAGAAGACGACAAGGCGCCCAAAGAUGGGCUUAGUUUCGAGAGGAGGAUGAAGCAACAAGAAUAUGAUGAUAAGGAUGAAUUGACAAGAUAUGGUGAUGGAGAAGUGGUGCCAAUGGAGAGUAAGAAGAAGUUGAGGCUCUUUGGUGAAUGGAUUAAGAUAGAGUAAUAUUGAUACAACAAUAACAAUCAAUCUUUACUCCAUUAAUUAGGUGAGGUCUCGGGCCUAUAUGAGUCCUUCU